AUGAAUGACACCUUCGAAGUUCCCGUCAUGCUCAGUCUGGACCAUCUCAACUACGAGGAUAUUGCGAAGCUCAAUCCUUUCUAUGAAGAAUACAGAGCUUUCUGGAACGCGUCACCGAACGCAACUGAUUCUUCGCUAUCCUCGAAUGCAUCCUCCAGAAGCUCUUCCUUGCGGUCCCUUCGUUCGGAAAUUGACGUUGCGACUCCUACUUCGGAAUUGACAACAUCAUUUUCAAUGCAUCGUAUGCAGUCAAAUGUCCGAGCUCCUGUGGCGGAGAAGCUCCAUAUGAAUAUCCACAGUGGAAGCCAGUACAAGCCCUCAUACAAUACAUUCAACAAGCCUGCCAUGGGCCAAGUCGCCAUUGUGGAAUAUGACGAUUGCUUCAACAAGCCACUGCCGCCUGUAUAUGAGUCCUCCGAGUGUGGCGAGCCGGAUCCAUUGGACUUUGAGAUUGCACGUAAUUCUUUGAAGCUAAAUACGGUCUCCCACAAGAAACUUUUCGGGGAGAACGGAUGGCUUGGAGACACUGCAGACUUAAAAACCCCGUCGAAUGAGAAGCAGAAGCCAAAGACAUUCAAAGAUCUAGGGAAGAAAAUCAAGAAACAUGUGGACGAGUUUGCUGAAGAUAUGGCUAAGGUGUAUCCCAUUCCCUUUGUUCACGGACAUCGUCACAUGAAGAUUGUAUCCGAAUCAACUGUCCCCAUUUCGCUGGAUCCUCCAACUCAAGCCAAAAUGUACUCAGAGCUGGAAGUAAUGAUCUGUGUCACUGCGAACAAUUUCCUCGUCAAGCAGCAUAAAAACGGCCGGGUUUCUGAGGAAUCGAUCAGAAAAGUCACCAAUUUCUGGGGAUCGAAGAACAGACCUCAAGUUGUCGAGUUUCAGUUCGACCAAGCCACUCAACGCCGUCUGAUCUUAUCCAAUAUCCGCACUUUGCAGUUCAACGGAGAAAGUUCAACCAACCCAAUUCUUCUGCAUUCGAAUCUCCACAACUGGAAGUCGAUUGUCAAGGAAAUGAAUGUGCGCACUUUCUGUGCCCCCGACAGUGCUAUCCGCAAGCAUAUGCACGAUCUUCACAAGCUCCUUGACAUGUUGGACGCGCCCCAUAUAACAUUUGUUGCUUUCCAGGAACUUCAAAUGAAGACCCUGUCCAUGAUGAAGAAGCGUUUGGAGGAACAGUACUAUAGGGAAACCGGUAGCUGUAGCAGUCUGACAUCCGUGUCCACCUUGAGUCGGGCGGACUCCGAGACACGCACUAAACAUGACUCCAGUAGGCGCUAG